AUGGAAAGUGAGAUUGGUGGAAGAGGCCCAUUAAAGAAGUUUCGCAUAAAAAUAGAUUCAAUAAAGAGGAAAAAGGCUCUAAUUAACAAUGUCAUUCUCGAAUCAACAAAUUUAAAUACUGAAAAUAUCACACAAGAUACACAAUGUGUACCAAUUGUACCAGAUACGCAAGAAUUUGACUUUGAAAAUGCUAAAUCGCUUGUAUCUAGUGAAUUUAAAAUAAAAAAUGAAAGCUAUGAUGCUUCAUUUGCACAAAAUAUACAAACUAACCCCUCCUUACCUAUCAACGUGCCCCCAGCAAAGGCUUCUGCAAUCAAUUCCUCAAAUACAUAUCAACCAACCAAUCUAUCUAAAAAUCUAGAUCUAUAUGAUUCUCAUUUUUUGCAAAAUGACAGUCCUUUUCCCCAAUCCAAUCAACAAACGCCCACCAACAACAACCAACCAAUAAUACCUACAGACAACAAAUUUAACGGCAACGAAUUUUUUAAUAAAUCAGAGGGGAAAACAGUUAGUGGUUUUGAUGGGUUACAACUUUUGACCAAAAAAACAGGAGAUUCUGCUUCAGAUAUGGGUUCUAAUGUAUCAUACACUGCUAGAUCUGUCGUCUCUUCCACUUUAACCACACCUACUGCUACAGCCACCAGCGGUGCCAGUGUUGUUGAUAAAGAUGGCAAGCACGGCAAAUUCAAAUUGAAGAUCAAGAAGAUACUCCCCAUUACAGCAACUACGACUACAAGUUUGAAAGGAAUUAUUGAGCAAAGUCACCAUUAUGAACUACCAAUUGGUGCUGUCUGUAUAACAUCCGGGGUUUACUUUGACAAGCAUUUUUUUGAUGCCAUUUAUCCCGGUAAAACUUUGUCCUCCGAACUAAACAUUUGUAAUCGGAACACCAAAUCACACUUACAAAUGGAAAAGGUUUUUCAUAAACAGCGAAUGGAUAUAUUUCACAACACCAAGGCCCAACAUUCUCUUAAGGAUAAUAUUGAGAAUGGAAGUAGCAGCUACAAUAGAAAUAGGACGCAAAAGGUGUUUUUUAGAAUCGAAAAACAUGCAAAAGAAGUCAAUACAUCAUAUAUGGGGGAAAAGAUACCUGCUAAAGAUGAAAUUAAGCAUUUGUUUGCUAUGGGGGAGACUGAUGCUGAUGAUUUUGACAUGGAUCAAAAUUUAUCCACAGAAAUAAGCGUUAAUUCCUGUGAUACCAGUCUUGAAUUAAACAUGGCUGAUGCAAAUGAUCAUGAUUAUCUUGAUAAAAAUCUAUCAGAAUUUAUCAAUUCAAAUAAAUUGUUUAUGGUCAACAACACCCCCCCCAAAUCUUUCCUAUCACAAAUAAAUAUCACUGCACCAAGUUGUGUCACAAAAUUUCAUUCAUUUGCCAUUAGAAAAGUAUUGGCACGAAGGUUAAUUAAAUCCGGUUAUAACCUUAUAACCAGUAGCACAUUAUUGCCUAAUAAGCAAGCUUCAUCCAAUUUUGCUACUGGUAUUCUGAAAUCGCAAUUUUCUAACUUGGAUAGAAGGCAUAUAUUUUACAGCGUUGACUCUAGAAUAUCGACAAAAAUAACACUAAAAGACACGCCUUUCCCACUUAGUGGCACUUAUCGAUUUGUCACUACUACAAUCAAUAUUGUUAACUUGUCAUCGUUUUCAUGUGAUUUAAAUAUAGAAUUGACUAUGGAGAACAAAGAGAUUACCUUUAAAGAGCCUGUAAACUUUAAAUAUGGCGUCAAAAAUGUGCAGCUGCACGAACAAUUCAAAAUUUUACCACCUGCAAAUUAUGCAAGUUUAUUGUUUGAAAGUUUCCACAGAGCCAUAAUGAUGAAAAAAACUAAAGAAUGUCCAUACCACUCAAUGCAAGUAAAUCAGCUUUUGGAGUUAGUGUCAGAUUAUAUGAAAAGUGACAGAAUAUCAUUGCUGCAUGAAAUUGAUUCAUUAGCGAAGAUGACGUUUGAGAUGGGACAAUUUCCUUGCUACAAAAUUGUGAUAUUUACUCCAAAAAAGUGUACAAACUGA